UAGACAAUACACGUCCGAAAUUACAAAUUGGUUCAAAAAAUAAUUCGCCAUUUUUCCCCCUGCUUUUUAUCUACUCGUUUGAUUGGUAAUAAUGAUACCGUUUUUAUCCACCUCCUUUUACUCGAUCAUCAGUCCAUUACAUCUGUCAAAUUUUGUCAUGUUCAUUAAUCACCUCCAAAUCAAGUGAUAAUCCCUCGACUCAUCGUCCCCGGAAAACUUGUGGCUGAAUAAUCAUCCUCACGUCACCCUCUCACGAUGACACCAAUUCCCCUUUGUACGCUCGUGAAACCCUGAUUAUAACCUAAAACAAUUCGCCAAUUCUUGAAAACAGAAGGAAUGGUACCAUGAAGUUCCAACAACAUUGAAGAACAUCUCCAAGUAACUGACACGGGUCAGUAAAUCGUCAUGAAGCUGUUUAAGUUGAUAGUUCACCAGAAGAACUUCAGUGAUGCAGACCUGAUAAUUAAUCCCAAAGACUGUCCGGGGAUCAAACCCGGAGAUGUCGUGGAGAUCUAUCAUCCAGAAGAUGAGUUCAGCCGUCUCUUGCUACAAGUCACUGUCAAAGAGGACUUGCAAGGUAGAGAGACAAUCAGUGUUGAGAACAAUGUGGCGUCAAUGUUCCAACUCCGCACCUUCGCAGACGUCUACAUGAACAUAGUGAACCCAGAGGACGUCGCCCUUGACUCGAUAGAACUCACCUUCAAGGACCAGUACAUGGGUAGAAGUGAGAUGUGGCGCCUCAAGAACUCCCUAGUCAACACUUGUGUCUACAUGAACAAGAAGAUCGAGUUCUGUCAGUCCAGUAUCAGAUGUCAGGUCUACGAGAUGUGGUCGCAGGGGGACAGAGUGGCUUGUGGAGUCAUCACUGAUGACACCAAAGUUGUCUUCCGAUCUUCUACGAGUAUGGUUUACCUCUUCAUCCAAAUGAGCUGCGAAAUGUGGGAUUUUGAUAUCCAUGGGGAUCUCUACUUCGAAAAAGCUGUCAACGGGUUUCUCGCUGAUCUCUUCCAGAAAUGGAAGAAAAAUGGCAGCAAUCCUGAGGUGACAAUAGUCCUUUUUUCAAGGACUUUCUACAACGCCAACACUUUAGAGGAGUUCCCGAAUGACAUGAGGCAGUGUCUACAGCAGGACUAUAGGGGUCGUUUCUACGAGGACUUCUACAGAGUUGCUGUGCAGAAUGAGAGGUACGAGGACUGGAGCAACGUGCUAGUACAGCUGCGCAAGCUAUUCACUGACUACCAAAAAAUUGUCCUCGAGUACCAUCAGAAGGAGGGAGUCGUGAUCCCAGAGGCCACCAACUCCACAGCAGCCCAGGGGAAUUUCCUAGAAGUUCUGAACAUGUCGCUUAAUGUCUUCGAGAAGCACUACUUGGACAGAAGUUUUGAUAGAACUGGACAGCUCUCAGUAGUUAUCACCCCGGGAGUGGGAGUCUUUGAGGUCGAUAGAGAGCUGACCAACGUCACCAAGCAAAGGAUCAUCGACAACGGAGUGGGCAGUGACCUGGUGUGUGUGGGUGAGCAGCCCCUCCACGCAGUGCCUCUCCUAAAAUUUCACAACAAAGAUACAUCUGUCAAAGUACCUGACGAUUACAGCAUGCCCCACUGGAUAAAUCUCAGUUUCUACUCCACCAACAAGAAGAUUCCAUACUCGACAUUCAUUCCAAGAAUAAAAUUACCCCAGAAGGUCUUCAAACAGCCUGUGGAGAACGGUAAGAUGAUCUGCAAGGGAAAGCUCAUCCAGGAAGAUCCCAGGGAGUGCUUGCACAAUACUCUCUUCGAUUACGAUGCGUAUGAUGCCCAGGUGUUUCAAUUACCCACCAUUCACACCUCGAAGGUCUCCACGAGGAUGAAGAAGACGAGUGUCACUUGCAUCGAGACCCAUAAUAACGGUCACCUGCUCAAGCUCCUGAAGCGGAAAAUGUCAGAUCCUGAUAUUCAUCAUCCACCGAGCGAAGUCCAUGUGCCAGUGACCACGAGAAGUGCUGCUAUCUCAAUUCCCUACAGGAGUGACGAGCCCAGGGAGGCCAAUGGAGAGGGUACGGGGGUCAAGAGCUCCGUGAAAAGUGAGUUUGGGGACUCGGAGAUCUCGCCACCUUUCAGGCCCGUUGUGGGGAGUGCUGGCAGCCCAAAUAACUCGGUUAUACCACCAGCGAGUUUGCACAGACCUGGAAGGGCCCUCAUCAAUCCGUUUGACCCUUCCCAUGUUACCAUCAAAUUGACGAGCAAUAGGAGAAGGUGGACUCAUAUUUUUCCCAAAGGUCCAACAGGUGUUCUGAUUCAACAACAUCACUACCAAGCGAUCCCAGCACAAGCUCGUUCCGACAAGGCGAACGACGCUAGUUCAGGUGUGAGUUCAUCCCCCGUGGAGUACGCUCUGACCUCCUCAUCCCUUGCGAUCCACGGUACGAUAUCACGUUCGGCCUCUCAAAUCGGAUUCCAGGAUCGUAAGUACCUACAAACAAUUUCCUACAUUCACUCCCCUCAUGCUAAAGGAAAAUAUCCACGGACAGCCGAUAAAAAUGGCCAGAUCACUUUGCCAGCCGUUAAUAAGAGUUUAACUCUAUUGUGGGGUGCCACUGGUGAACAAGAGUGGACUCCAGCACUCACUACAGGGGUCGACUGGAAAUCGCUAACGAUUCCAGCGUGUUUACCUAUCACCACUGAUUACUUUCCCGAUAAGCGGAGCCUCCAGAACGAUUACGUCGUUUCGGAUUACAAUCUGCUGCCCGAUGAUGUUAAUGCAGAUUUUGCACAGCAGCGAGCUAUUUAUAAAAAACCUUUGACUACUGCUGAGGUUUUUCGAGAGCUUGUUUCGCAGAGAUUGGCUCAGGGUUUUCAAUUGAUAUUAUUACCCACAAAUGACAAGAAUAAAUCAACCACAUCUGGGAAUGGGGUGAGUUCUGUAAUCCGAGGAAGACAGACUGAAUCAGAACCAAAAGAGGAGUACCUGCUUAGUAUAGGAAGAAUAUUUCACAAAAUAUCUCUGUACGGUAACUGCAUCACUGUCACCAGAUACCGACCCAGACAUCCAUAUCCACCCUUCAACAUUCACUAUCGUUAUCGGUUUCACGCCCCACAUCACGAGACGUACGAGGUGUCGUGGGUAUCUUUCACAACCGAAAAACUGGAGAAUUAUAAUUGGAAUUAUCUGGACCACUAUAUUUGCACCAGAGGAGAUACAGAUUUUUCUUUGGUCGAGGCCCUCAAAUACUGGAGAUUUAGGAUGUUUAUGCUACCCCUCCACAACACAGCAACCAAAAAGAUCCUCGAAGGAUCCCCCAGAUGUGAUAUCUACAGUUUCCUCAGUGCCACCGAGCAGAGCCAAUUGACUGAUGGCUUUCUACGAUUCAUAGAAGGCUGGCUCAACAAAAUUCGCCGACCGAAUCCCAACAAAAACUGGAGCCCAACAGCUCUAAUCGGAUUACCCCCGAGAGAUCCUGCCUCACACCUGACGAGGCGGAGGCACAGCACGAGCCUGAUAUUCCUCACUAACCAGACAAGUCUAGUUGGAAGUUCGCCAUUUAGGGAACGCCUAGGAAGCAACAGACUGCCGGAAAAGCCGAGACCAAGAUCUGGAUCGAAAGUCAUGGAUCGGGGAAGAGUGUCGCCAGCGAGUGAAGCUGUACUGCCUCUUAGCUUGGAACAACCGCAGCAGGAUCAUUUCGAAACUAAUGAAGAGAACGCUAACGCUGAGAUUCCAAAACUGAAGAGUACAGCCUCUCUUUCCGAGAUAUUGGAAUCUAUGAAGUCCCCUCAAACCGGAGUAGGAUUUCUCACUCAGCAUCCAUCGCUCCCGAGUCAGACAUUUGUGAGCGCUGAUGCCGUCCAGUGGUUGAACAAUCACCUAGAAGGUGGUGUCACUGUGAAAAAAGCCAUGAAAAUAAUGCAGACUAUGAUCUCUGAGAGACUGAUCAGUCAUGCCUCUGGGGACUUCUCCAAGCCCUUUAUUCUGGGCUUCUAUCUUUACCACAUAGUUCAAGAUAAGGAGGGCCAGAAGGCACUUGAUUACUCUCCCCCAUUGGGUGAUCUCCAGAGUUUUGAGAACGAGUGGGUAGAGAUUGAAAUGAAGGCCCCCAAGGGGUGGUGCAAUCCAUCAAAUUCCUCUGUCUCCUCGUCCACAGUUUCCUCUCCCAUUCCUAUUAAUACGUGUGACACUAUUGACGAGAGUAACAUUCCAGCAUUUCUUCGAGAUGAAUUGGAGUUCAAUGGUGUCGACGAUAAGGAUUGGAGAGGACCUGCCUGCAAGCACACCCACCUGGACAUUGACUUGAACAACAAGAGUGACAGAAUUGAGUGGGGACACCUGAGAUAUCAAUCGAUAUUUCGUGCUGAUCACGCUUAUGAGAUUGUGGUGCAGUGGGUGGCGUCAUCAGGGAGCAUAGUAGGAGACUUAGUGCUUCUGUGGCAGCGUAAGGCCCAAAUGUGUGGAAUACAAUUGGUCCCCAUUCCAAGUGACCUAUUAGCCCUUCCCUUCACCCAUAAAAGUGAUCCCCUGAGGGGCCCAAUCUUCAUUCCUUUGAACACAGAAUGUCUCAUGGCGAACAGGAGAUAUCUCUUUGAAGAAUUCCGGGAAGACACUUAUGCUCAAAGGCUUUUCCUGUUUCAAGAAGCUAUUCUCCAAAGAUUUGGAUAUGUUCCCUGUCAGGUGGAGAGCAACGAGAACGAUCAUCAAUAUGUUCAUCUUACUGGUAAUUCUUUCAUCCUGGUGCCCUCUACAAUGUGCCCAAGACCGAGACAGAGAACUGGCACGAACAUCGUGAGGAGGAACAAUCAGAAACGAUAUCCUGUUCAUCCUGAUCAACCUAGUCCUCAUGAGGCUUACAUCACCAGGCACGUGAGUGGCAAGAGCAAUGAUUUCAGCAUGGACAGGCCCAUUGGCUUUCUCUGGUCGUGGAAUCACAUGAUCAGCAGGAAGUGGAAGUCAUUGUCACCUUCAACGGGAGAUGAACUGUUUCAUAAGAAGAUCAUUCAGGAUUUCAAGCACUUUUGUUCAAAUGAGGAUAAUCGAUUGAGUCUUUUUUGGGAGUCCUGUUGGGAGAUGAAGGAAAAAACUUGUACCAAAGCUGGUGAUAAUUAUGUUAAAUGAAUUUUAACAUACUGUACUGGAAAACUGUAAAUAAUAGAUUUUUUUAUUGUUGUUGAUUCUAUGAUUCUGGGGUAAACGUAAGCGUACUGUUACGCAACCACUCGAAUUAUUAAACCAUUUUUCAAACUA